AUGCCUGCACGCCUAGGCAUUGCCACUCGAUCCAUUGAGAGGGGCCUUGGUCGCGAUGCCGAGAGCUCGUCUCGGCUCAUUUAUCCAGGGCAAAGCCCAAGCGAGGUGCACAUCGCACCUGAGCUUGUCAAGGUGGGUGUCUCCCAGGAUCACGGUAAAACUGUUCGAUGCCUCCUCGAGGGCAUUGACCGCCUCCCUAUCGUUACCCCCCGGUAA